AUGACUCCAAAUAAACUACAGCCUCGGUCAAACGAGCCGCUCAUCCGGCGCCUCAAUUUGAAUCGCCCAAAGCUAUUUAGGAAUCGGGAAGUCCAAGCAUGUCACCAAUGUCGCCUUAGAAAAGUUAAAUGCGAUCAGACUAGGCCUCGCUGUCAAAAUUGUCAGACACAUGAACGUACUUGCGUUUAUAGCCAAACACCUCGGACACCAGAGAGCCACCACGGUGGAGACCUGGUCAUUCGGCUCAACCAACAGGGCCACCUCAACACCACUAGCGAGUCUCAAGCGCGGUAUUACUCCAGCUCAUCUUGGGUGGUAGAUGUGGACGGCCCGAAUGGUUCUCGGCCUUCCGCUGGUCCCGGUAUUGGUCCCUGUGCGAAAUCGCGAGAGACAUCAGCUCCCCCCACAUUACAGGGAGGCCUGGAAUUUCCCGAUGGUCAAGCUCACUUGUUUGUGCAACUAGCGGAGGUGGACAGACUCAUUCAUUGGUAUUCGAAUUACUGCCAUCUCUGGUAUCCCAUUGUCGAUAUUCCUGAGGUUAUAAUAUCCCUUGAAAAUCUAAGACACAACCGUAGCUCCCCUGUGGGCUCGUUGGCGCUGAUUGCGGCGAUCUGCUUUGCUGCAGCGUGUUCUUUUAAUGCGUCUGGUGACUUGAAGUCACUGUCCCCUAUAUCUGCUUCAUCGGCAUGGAAAGACCUAGCAGUCCAGCUGCUUUCAAGCAACGUAUACCCCCGACAGCCCAACCUGAACACUGUCCGAGCGGCCUUUCUCCUUGCUCUCCCAAGCGUGGCAGACGGAAGGACACAUCCAGAUCCGGGCCCUGUCUGCGUAUUGUUGCGAGCUGCUCAGUCUCUGGGUUUGCACCGCGAUCCCUCAUCCUUUAAUCUGCCCCCUAGUGAGGUGGACUUUCGCCGGGUCCUCUGGUGGUGCAUCCAUAGUUUGGACGUCUGCUACUCGGUCGCCCAUGCAUUACCACCAUUAAUCCACGCUACCGCUACCGAUGUUCAAACCAUGGAGCAAAAUGGCAUGUCAGAGCGCAAGCUCAUAGGAACUAUCAUACGAGUAAACUCCUUAAUCUCUGCAAUCUUCCAAACCGUCUACGGUAUCCGUCAACCAACAGGCAAAGACAUCCAAGAUUUGGACGAAAAGGCAACAAAAAUAUGCACCGACGAGAUCUCCACCCGAACAUCCCUCGAAAUGACCGCAGCAGAAAAAUUCAUCACAAUGAGCCAAAGAAUGUGUUGCUACAAAAUGCUCUUCAUCCUCCAUCAGCCCUACCUACGAUCGACCCAAUGGCCGCAAACUUCCAGACAAAAGGCACUAGCCGCAUGCCAAAACUACAUCAAUGACUACUUGUUGGGUAUUGCAGAUCCUGAGUUAGCUCCGUAUAGAUGGAUUCUUGGACAUUUCGAUGUCACCCAUGCCUGUGCUAUUGUUCUUCAGGACAUGAUUCAGCAUCCGGGAUCUGUGGAAUCCGUCGGAAUGCGGAGUUUGGUGGAGACUUGCUUCUUCACUUUCUCGUCGGAUUCGCAUCCCGACUGGGCGAAAUUGGAGGCGCUGGGUUCGAAGGCUUGGGCUGCGAAUGGAUGGCCUUGCCCUUUUCAGCAGGACUUGAGUUCGUUAGGUGCGGAUGCGAGUCUUUCGGAUUGGGAUCCGUUGUUUGCGUCUUUUAUUUGGGAGAAUAUGUUGCUAUAA